AUGCUUCAUCAGAUUGUGCGAUCCGCCGGUGCUCGGUCGGCCGUCUCGACCUUGUCGAGGGUGACUAGGGGAUACGCCACUGCCACGCAGGCGAGGAUGUUCAUUGCGCCCACCGCGGUGCGAAGGGCCGACUUCGUCCAGGAGCUCUACCUCCGCGAGCUCAAGGCCUACAAGACCCCCGUCGUCAAGGAAUCCGACGCCGAAGGCCACGUCCAGGUCUUCAACCUCCCCAAGACCCCCAUCUCCCCCGAGGAGGCCGACCUCGCCAGCAGCCUCAAGGAGUACGAGGACAUGGCCGUCGAUGUCGAGGGUGCCGAUGCCGCCGCCGCCGAGUCCGGUGCCGCCCCCGUUGUUGAGGACUGGCUGGAGACCGAGGAGGUUGAGGAGGAGGCUGCUCACUAA